AUGAACUACCUGCUGAGGGGCUGUUUUGUGGUGUGCGUUCUAGUUAAAGCUUCAACAGUCUCGAUCAAUCCAGCUUUGGACAAUGAGUGGCUGAGCUGGAAAACCUUUCACAAGAAGGUGUACCAGGAGAAAGAUGCUGCGUUUAAAAGAAAUGUGUGGGAGCAGAACCUGCAGUAUAUUGAGAAGCACAACACGGAUUACUUCAUGGGGAAACACACGUUUGCUGUGGGGAUGAAUCAGUUUGGAGACAUGACCGUUGAGGAGUUCAGUAACCUGUUGAAUAGGCGAAACACAAGGCAAUAUAACAACAAAACAUGCAACAUAUUUACAGCUGAUGAUAAGACUGACCUCCCUCAGAGUGUUGACUGGCGCCCUAAAGGCUACGUUACCGGAGUGAAGGACCAGAAAGCCUGUGGCUCGUGCUGGGCGUUCAGUACGACCGGGGUCCUGGAAGGUCAGUGGUUUAAGAAAACGGGGAAGUUGAUCUCGCUUAGUGAGCAGUACCUGAUGGACUGCAGCCAGAGUGUCGGGAAUCACGGAUGUAACGGUGGUUCCAACUACCGUUCCCUCCUCUUCAUUAAAGAGAAAGGAAUCAACUCGGAGGAAUCCUACCCCUACACUGCCAAGGAUGCCACAGCACAACAGUCAGCCGGGCCGGCCACCAGAUGUGACUGCAAACGAGUUUGUACCAGUAAGGAGAACGAGAGCGUGGCCACAUGUCAGGGGGUGAAGAUGAUCAGGAAGAACUCAGAGAAGGACUUAGCCGCUGCGGUGGCCACUGUCGGCCCAAUAGCCGUCGUCUUUGACGCAGGUCGUGCGUCAUUCAUGUUCUACAAAUCAGGCAUUUAUUAUGAUGAGGCGUGUAGCAAGACUGUAACGGACCACGAGUUACUGGUGGUUGGAUAUGGAACUGAAGCAGGAGAACCAUAUUGGAUUGUUAAAAACAGUUGGGGAGUCAAAUGGGGCAACAAUGGAUACUUCCACACGGCAAAGGACAAGGGCAAUAACUGCGGCAUUGCCAGUUCCGCACUCUAUCCUGUGGUGUAAACUUGGAUGAACUGGAA